CGCCGAGGCCCCGCCCCCGGGCCCCGCCCGCGAAGUGCAGGCAGAGCCCCGGCAGCCCUCGGUGCCGGCCUCGGGGUCCCCGCCGCGCCAGGGUGUGGCGCCGGGUCGGGCUCGAGCCACGGAGAUCCUCGCGCAGAGCAGCCUCCGUUCGCGGCCGCGCAGGCGAGGACAAGAGUUUAUGUCCCUGUCGGAAGCAGCGUCCAGGGAAGCGGGGAAGGAUGUAGGCCCACAGCCCCGGGCUGGAGGAGCGCGCCGUCUGCCCCCAGGUGCGGUCAGGAUGGGCCCCACGGGCAAGCAGAGCCUCUCGUCCGUGCCGGCCCCCAUGGGAGGGUCUUGUCUCCUCCUCCUCUUCUGCCUUCGCCUGGGCACCUCCUGCCCGCAGAGCUGCCAGUGCCCCGACCACGAUGGGGCCGUGGCCGUCCACUGUAGUGCGAGCGGCCUGCAGGAGAUCCCCAAGGACAUCCCCGCCAACGCCGUGUUCCUGAAGCUCGACGCCAACAAGAUCGCCCGCGUCCCCAACGGAGCCUUCCAGCACCUGAGCCAGCUGAGAGAGCUGGACCUGUCCCAGAACGCCAUCGAGACCAUUGGCCCCGCUGCCUUCUCGGGCCUGGCCGGCGGCCUGCGGCUGCUGGACCUGUCUCACAAUCGCAUCCGCAGGAUCCCCAAGGACGCCCUGGGCAAGCUCAGCGCCAAGAUCCGCCUGUCCCACAACCCCCUGCACUGUGAGUGUGCCCUGCAGGAGGCCCUGUGGGAGCUGAAGCUGGACCCCGACUCGGUGGACGAGAUCGCCUGCCACACCUCCGUGCAGGAGGAGUACGUGGGGAAGCCGCUGAUCCAGGCCCUGGACGCCGGCAUCAGCUUCUGCAGCACCCACCACAAGACCACCGACGUGGCCAUGCUGGUCACCAUGUUCGGCUGGUUCGCCAUGGUGAUCACCUACGUCGUGUACUAUGUGCGUCAGAACCAGGAGGAUGCCAGGAGGCACCUGGAGUACCUGAAAUCCCUGCCCAGCACCCCCGUGUCCAAGGACCCCCUCAGCCCUGCAUCCUAGUGCCCGCUGAGGGCCAUCACUCUGUGGCAGGCGGUGACUGACUUCCGCUCCUGGUGUCUCCCGGGCCAGGUGAUAGUCACAGCUGCUUCUGUGCAGUGCACACUCUGAUCAAACACUUCCUCCAAUUGCACUGAGUCGCCGCAGUGCCCUUCGAGCCAGGAGACUCUAUCAGACCCGCUGAGGGAGGAAGAAACGAAAGCUUAGAGAACGGACUGACUUGCCUGUGAUGUCACAGGAAACGAUCCAGUCGGGACUUAAAACCAGGCUGCCUCUAAGAUGCCCCUUCCACUCGCAGGCCUCCCCCGUGUGGCACCGUGGGAACGAACGCAUUCAGAGAAGGAGGGGCUUGUGUCCAUGACUACGAAUACCCCCGGUGGAGUUUGGGGUGCAGAUUCACCCGUCGAAGGCACAGGUGACCCCGCACUGCGGAACGGACACGCCUCUGCUCCCCUAGUAGUUCCUGAACACAUUGGACCACAGCAUCUGUCCGGAGCCAAGUAGGAGAGGCCAGGAGAGGGAAGGGAGUGAACAACCGUGUUUAUUCUCAAAUGAUUGUGAGGAAUAACACUUGGACCCAAAUUUCAGCCCGGCGAGAGGGGGAAAACCCCAAAACCUGAAACCGAAACACCACAGGACAAGCUCGGCCCGAGUCCCACGCGGUCUGCCUGGCUUGUGGGAAGGCCGGUCAUCAUGGUCGCCGCCGUGCCUUGCUUUUCUACUCACCAACACCUAAAGCAGCUCCUUUCAAAGGACAGGACCGAUGAGUGAUGUUUCAAGGCCAAUCAACGGGACUCCUCCUUUUCUCCAACAAGUUCUCUCUCUCUCUCUCUCUCUCUCUCUCUCUCUCUCUCUCUCUCUCUCCCUUACCUCCCCCCUCCCCCUUUCUCUCUCUCUCUCUCUCUCCACCUUUGCUUCCAGGACUCUCAGAGCUCACUGAGUGCUCGAUUUUCUUAUACUAUAGCUACACGUCCAGGGCAGACGUUACCUCCACCUGUAUGACUCUGAUUCAUCUUCCCAGUUUUAUGUUACUGUCUUUUGUAUGAGUGUUUAUAUUUUACACGACUUUGAAUAUUUUUUUUGGGGGGGGGAGCAAAUAGGGAUAAAUUGCUAGGAACUGAAUGUAUAAAGGACAG